AUGUUAUGGGAUAGAGGAGGCAGAACGAAAAUUCAGAUAACAAAUCGAAACCCAUUUCUCUUCUUCAACCGGUCCACCACUUCAAUCUCCUUCUCUAUCUUUUCCCUCUGUCAUGCCCAUUCAAGGCCUCCCCUCUCCAUCGCUAGUCCUCUCUUCCUGCCACCAUCAACAUCAUCCGACAUCAACUCACCCAUGCGACCUCAUCUUUAUCUCACGUUAUCAUGUCGUCUUCACCUCAGAACCGAACAACCUCCUUCACCACAUGCGAGCUACUUCCUUCGUCCAUUUCUUCCAACCGUGUUCAACUCCCUGUUCCCGUCCGCCUCUUCUAUCUGCUUAAACAACCACUCAAACCUACGACAACCCACGUCCAACCGUACUCCCUGCUACAUUCUUUCAACCACUGAAACAACUACACAACAGUCCUCCAAAGUUCCAACGGUUAGAACCUCUUAUUUUGAGACUAGGGUUUCAAAGAUGGCUCAAGUGUUCACUUCCUUUAGGACCUCUUUGUUGUUUUUAGAUAAUUAA